GCGGAUGGGGCUCCCAUAGCAGGCGGCCGUUUGGCUGCGCGUUGGAGGUGCGAACCUGAGGGACAGGGUCUGCUAAAGAUACAUGCGGCAGCGGCGAUAAUCCAUUUUGUGCGUGCUGUCAUUUGCACCUCCUCACCGCUCCACUAAAAUUAGAUUAUUAGACCUAAAACAGGGCUGCUGGAAUCUGCUCCGUGUGGAAUAACACCUUUGGCGCGGACAGGAAUGCGGUUUGAGAAUACAUAGCAUUUCUCUUCUCCUCGUCCCUGGACAAUUGGAAAUUAACAAAGGUGUUACUUGUCAGAUGUGAUCGUGAUAACAUGCCCAUGCAGAUGUCAGGUUCAGUUUCACAGUGGAGGAGUGGUAGGACGUGUAAUUGAUCGGUGUGUAUUUAGAGCUCAUUAAUGUAUUGCACAUGAUGCAUAUUGUUAUAUGUUCUUGAAAUAAGUAAUCAAAUGUGGACCAGAGUUGUUUGAACAUGACUUAAUUACUAGCAGGCCUACACUUCUUUGCCUGUUAUUUUCCUUUCCUCACUUCAUUUCCUCAUGGUCUUUUACUAAGCCACUUUCUUUACCCGUUUAUUAGCUUUUUAGCCAGUCUAAUAUAAGUGCAUCAGACAACCAUAUAAACUAUAGCACAAUGAUUAAAUAACACAGCUUACUGUUUACAAAGCACACUGUCUCCUCUGCCUCCAUCUUGCAUGUUGUAUUCUAUGGUCAUGGUGACAUGCUGCGGAAUAGCUGGAUAGUGCUCUACACUGCUGCCCAUGACAAGGAAUGUUAAAGCGUGAGACAGGCCAAAUCCAGCUCAUUUGCUCCAGAUACACAGCCCCAAAAGACACAGAUUUAGACCGCAGAGUGGAACGGAGGCAAGGGGAGCUGACAGAUAGCAGCAGGCAUUAUCGUCCUUGCCCACUUCUACCCAUGCCCCCUCUUAAUGACAUUCUCCAUGUAUUAGCCCUUCUUCCUUCACCCACAUAGUACACCACUUUAGCCCUCUCCAAAUCCCCCUCCCUCUGCCCUCUUAUCUUAUUAUCUUUAAUAUGUCAACGUCUUACUCUCGUACCCUCCACUUAUUGCCCCCUUUUAUCACCUUCUUACACAUUUCUUACCACCCUCUAUAAUGAUAUCCCUGUCUAAGCACCCUUAUACUCGCUCUGUCUUAUGCCACUUCUUUCACCCCUAUUGCCACGCUCAUAAGCCUAUCUUACAGCCUGGUAUCCAAUCUCAUCUCUCCCUUAGUACACCUAGUAUAUCUUCUUAUUAUCCGAACCCCAAAGCACAACCUCCCCACACGUUGACAGAAUAUACAGCAGGAAAGAAUUUGAACAAUUGGUGGCAGUGGUGGGAUUUUACAGAGCAGACUGAUUGAACCCAAAGCGCUACUUUUGAAACUCCUCACACCUUUGGCCCUAUGACAACUCAUUGAACACACAAGUAUAAAGAAAUGAAAGGUCAUACAAAGCGUCUUAGAGCAAGCAGACCGCUACAGAAGGCUUACUGUGAGAACAUGAGCAGAAGGCUCUCCUGUUAGCUAGCUCCCACAAUGUUAGACUAUGCUGUAAACAUGGCCCAGGUUGUCAUCAAGUAUUUUUCCAGGCCUUUGCCAGCCAAGCAUAGCUGAGCACACUGACCGCUGCAGCUUUUAAAGACCAUGCAUACUGCCUCCCACCAGAGAUAUCAUUGACCUUACUUAAACACAAUUCGCUUAUGUAAGGUUUUUGAAAAGUUAUAUCAUAGUUAUCGAAAACCUUGCUGACAAAUCAUUUUGAUACUUUAGCAUAUAUGUGAUGUAAGCGCAAAAGAGUAUUCAAUAUCCGUGAUCGGUUCAUAUUUACUCUGGAAAACCGUUAUUUAUGUGAUUCUCCAUGAUAAGUUAUUGUAAAGGAUAUGCCUAUACAGGUAAUUGCCAAAAUAAUGGAAACACUUGAGUAAAUGAGGGAUACAAAGUAUAUUGAAAGCAGGUGCUUCCACACAGGUGUGGUUCCUGAGUUAAAUAAGCAGUUAACGUCCCAUCAUGCUUAGGGUCAUGUAUAAAAGUGCUGGGCAGGCCAUUAUUUUGGCUACCAUGUCUAUGCCCCCAUAAGAUGACAAUGCCCCCAUCCACAGGGCACUAGUGGUCACUGAAUGGUUUGAUGAGCAUGAAAACGAUGUAAACCAUAUGCCAUGGCCAUCUCAGUCACCAGAUCUCAACCCAAUUGAACACUUAUGGAAGAUUCUGGAGCUGUGCCUGAGACAGCGUUUUCCACCACCGUCAACAAAACACCAAAUUAUGGAAUUUCUUGUGGAAGAAUGGUAUCUCAUCCUUCCAAUAGAGUUCCACUUCCAGACACUUGUAGAUUCUAUGCCAAAGUGCAUUGAAGCUGUUCUGGCUCGUGGUGGCCCAACGCCCUAUUAAGACACUUUAUGAUGGUGUUUCCUUUAUUUUGGCAGUUACCUGUAUGUUGUACAAUAUGUGGGAUAUGAAUGUUUUUCCUUUCUUCUUCUCGUCUUUAAAGCUCUAUUAAAGAGGAAUGCCACUCAUCCACCGUGUUCUUCCGACAUGCCGGGUGUGUGAAUUUAUGGAAAGCGACUGAGAAAAACCAUUGAAACGAUAUCUGGUGGCUGGGUUACAUCCCAGGUGCCAGACUGGAGAUCUGGUUUCGGAGCGGAGAGUGGUGAGGGGGGUAAGGGUCUGUAUUUGGCCUGGGGGGACAGAGAGUGGUGAGGGGCACUUUAAAGAGCUCUGUGCUGAGUGCUCCUCUAUGAAAAGCUUCCAUCCAUCAUGUAGUUUGUAAUGGGGGCUAUGUUUAAUUAGUGGUAAUGUUACAGAGAAAGACGAGUGCAAAUAACGUAAUGGGGAAUAGCAAACAACCCCCUCGCCGCUGUAUCCUAACCCCCCUUAACCCCUUACGGUCCUACCCACCAACAGUAUCUUGUCUGAAUUUCUCAGACAUCACCCCAUCACCCUUUUAAGAAUCUUUCCAUGAAUUCCCCUAACCCACCACCCCACCACCAUCUUUACCUCCUUAUACCAUCUCUUCCCCUGAUUAUACUGUACCAGACAUCCCCUCUCCCACUCUCGCCUCCCCCUUCUCCCCUCAAGCGAAACCCUCCACCCUGACGUCGAUAUGAAACCCGAGACCUAAUUAAUCAGUCGAUAAAUUAAUGAGGCUCAGUUUUUAGCGGGCUGUUCGGGUUCCCAGCGGGGCAUGUUGCAACACGUGUGGAAUGCUCAAGGGGUGCACACCGGACCCCCGGAAUGCGUCGCGGCGGGACAGGGGCUGCAGUCAGACCACUCGUCACCUCAGCCGCCGGUCGUGGCGUUUCCAAUAACGACACCCCAAAACAUAGCCGCCCGGUAUACAUGAUAAGCCUCAUCAUCCGCCCGAACCAACAGAGCCAGGUUGGGACAGUCUGCUUUUUGGGGGGCUCACAGGGAACUUGUUUUGGGGGGUGACUUGAGUAAUAACUUCCGUUGUAAUCCCCCCCUCCAGCCACUUAUAGCGCUGUGGCCCUAAGAGAAGCCUCAAGUUUCGGCUGUGGUUUAAUUGAGUGGGAUGACUAGCCCUGGGUGGCUCCCAACCGUUUUUCUAUCCUCUCCUAUGGGGUUCGUUUAUACAGCCCCGCUGACUGCGCUGUCAGUGUCAAACGCUUGUUAGGACAUCAUCAAUCUAGACGCAGUAAAAUAAGAUUGAGAGAGAGAAGAGAGAGAGAAGAGAGAGAGAGAGAGAGAGAGAGAGAGAGCAGAAGAGAGAGAGAGAGAGAUAGAAAGAGAGAGCUCGAUGAUCGAGAGCUAUCGAUCUAUCUAUCUCUAGAAACUCUAUUCCUAUCUCUCUCUCUCUCUCCGCUCUCUCUUCUAUCGCUUCUCCUCUACUCUCUCUCUCUUCUCUCUAUCUCCUCUCUAGCUCUCUCUCUCUCUCUCUCCUCUCUAUCUCUCUCUCUCUCUCUCUCUCUCUCGCCUCUCUCUUCUCUCUCUCUCUCUCUCUCUCUUCUCUCCUCUCGCUCUCUCCGCCGUCUCUUCUCUCUCUGCUCAUUCCUCCCUCGUAUCUUUGUUUUUGUUUGGGUAGGAGUCUUGCUUGCCCUCAGCCCAUGUCCAUAAAACUGCAAAGUAUGUUGUAGAUCAUGUUGUCAGGAAAAGUAGACGCAUUGUUCGCCCAUGUCUGCAGGCGCAAAUGAAGUAACCUUCUCUGGUAUCGCUAUCAAUUUUUGACAGUCAAAUACAUUAACACAUCAACAGCCUUUUUAGGAGAGAAGGGAAUCUGUUCACACCGUGGACAUACACAAGUCCGUAUUUGUCUUCUCACAGGAAGUGACUGUACAGGGGUUUAAGCCGAACACACAUUUCUCACGUUCUCUUCUAUAAAUCUUUCCCGCCAUCUUCCACACUAAGCUCCAUCUUUCCUUCCUUCCCCUCUUUUUGUCUGUCUUUCUCACACCCUCUCUCUCUCUCCUUUCCUGCGCAUGUGCGUUGAGUAGAGUAGAGUGGAGUGGAGCAGAGUGGCAGUAGAAGGAUUUGAAAGGAGGACCAUAAAGAUGAUGGAUGCUGCCCAGCUUUCAGACCCAGCUGUUUUUUGUCAUUCCGUACAGCCCCGCUGGUUUUCUGUAUGCUUUCAUCCAUCUCAUCCUUACACUCGUCCACUCUGCAUACGCUCUCAUCCAUACACGCUUUUAUCCAUACACUCAAGCACGACUUAUGGGCUGGGUUUCUAUAUGCUUUCAUCCUUACACUCAUCCACUCUUCAUGGGCCAGGUCAAUGUAAAGAUAAUAGGUUUUUAAAGGACUGUCGUGGGUAAAGAAAUAGGCCUGUUUAAGGGCUCCAACCGCAAGUCAUAUAAAUCCAUCCAUAUCUUUUUAUUUAAUGAUUUCACCCCUUCGCUUUAUCCCCUAAAAUCGUUUCUUUUUUUAUUUUCUCCCACAGGCUCGGUGACAUGAUGUUCCUGCCCUUCUCCUCUCUCCCCUCCUUGUCCCUCCCUUUUAUCCUUCUUCUCCUCCCUUUCCUCCCUCCUUCCCUCCUUUCCCCUUCCCUCUCUCACUCCCCUCUGAGCUGGACCUCACCCCAUGACCCCUGCUACCACUUGGAUGGGCGUCCGCGUCACUGCCUGUCAGAAUUCAUCAAUGCCGCCUAUGGUGUCCCCGUCAGUGCCGCCCACUCCUUCCGAGGAACACCCGGCCAGAACGCUGUUAACGUCAGCUCCCUCACGGACCUCCACAACCCCCACAACCUGACUUGCUGGACGGCCCAGGCGGGAGGCCCCGACGGCGGGGACUGGGUCCUCACCCUUCACCUGGGCCGGCGCUUUGAGGUCACCUACAUCAGCCUGCAGUUCUGCCAGCAGGGGGAGCCGUCGGACCCCAUCUCCUUAUCCGUGCUGAAGUCCAUGGACCACGGGCGCACCUGGAGGCCCAUGCAACACUACUCCAGCGACUGCCCCGGGAGGUUUGGGCUACAGGCCCAGACGGUAGCCCAGACCAGGCACCAGGAGACAGAGCCUCUGUGCUCAGACCCUCGGCCCCUGCAGAGGCACCGGGGAGGCAUGUUGCUGGCCUUCUCCACCCUGGAUGGAAGGCCCUCCUCUCCAGACUUUGACUACAGCCCCACCCUGCAGGACUGGGUGACGGCCACGGACAUACGGGUGGUGUUCCACCAGGUGACCCAGUCCCAGCAGUCCAAGGUGGGGAGUUCGGAGGGGGAGAGGGGUGAGGCCGGUCAGGGGGAGGGAGCAGGUGGGGGGGUUUCUUAGGUGGAGGGCAGGGUCGAAAAAUGAGGCUGUGGUGGGUCAUGGGGAUAAGGUGAAUGGGGACAACAAUAAAUGGGGGUUUGCGGAGAAGGAGAGAAAAAAGAUAGAAAAACGAAGGAGGAGUGGAGGAGGACACAACAAAGGGUCUGGGGAUCAGGGAGAGGACGGACACAACGUGACCCGGAAGGAGUCAGAAGGAGACUCUCCAGAAAUGGACACCUCCAAAAGAGGAAACGGUAAAGGAAAAGGGCGUGGCCUCGAGAGGGAGGGGGGCCACCAUUGGAGUCCGUGUCAGGAAGGCAGUGUCUGUGGUUGGACAAUCGAAAGCAGGCAGGGGAGAAUCAACAAGGGGCGGGAACUCCGGAGGAGAAGGAACAACCAUCGAAACUCUGAAGUGAGAGCGAAUCGGAAACUCGAGCUGGCUCCUCCCUCUCCACUGAUCUCCGCCCCCCUUGUCCUGUCCCCCCUGGCCCUCUCCGACCUGCAGGUGGGGGGCAGAUGUAAGUGUAACGGACAUGCCUCUCGGUGUCGUCGUGACGAUGCAGGCCGGGCGGUGUGUGUGUGUGAGCACCACACGGCAGGGGCGGACUGCGAUGUUUGUGAGGACUUCUACUACGACAGGCCCUGGCAACGAGCCACACCCAGUCAGCCACAACCGUGCGUCCGUGAGUCACACACCCCAUUACUGCCUGUCUGUGUGUGUAUGUAUGUGUGUGCAUAUUGGAUUAUGGAUGUAUAUUUUACUGCCUUUACUGAAAUUCCCUCCCUCUCUCUCUCCCUCCCUCCCUCCCUCCCUCAACCCCCAGUGUGUGAGUGUAACAGCCACUCCUCUAAGUGUCGGUUCAGCAUGGAGGUGUUCCAGCAGUCGGGCCGGCACAGCGGGGGAGUGUGUCUGAAGUGUCGGCAUCACACAGCGGGGCGCCACUGCCAGUACUGCCAGAACGGAUACACCCGAGACCACAGCAAGCCCCCCACCCAUCGCAAGGCCUGCCAACGUCAGUCAGAGAGAGGAAGAGAAAGCUUGUGUGCGCGCAUGCGUGUGUGCGUGCGUCUGCAUGCGUACACAUUAAAGCGGUUGUGUCUGUAUUAAAUCGCACCGACCAGCUGUGUAUCUUAUCCAUGCAGAGAUCAGUGUGUCCAAAUGUGUGUGCAUCUGCAUCUGUUAGGAUAUCUGUUUCUCUUUGUGUAUCUGCUAGUCUAUAAGGUAUGCCUACAUGUGUCUGUGUUCCAGUCUCCUCCACAGUGUUUAUGAGGUAGUUACAUUGUGACAGAGGACAGUUAUUUCUGUUAGUGGUACAAACAUACCCUGUUACCACUGGCUGGAAUCCACCCUGACAUUUGACCUUUGACUGGUCACAUGUUCUAAGUGACUGUGACACUCUGGCAUGCUCAUUGGGCGGUUGACCGAAGUCCUAAUAUAACCACUGUUAAUGGAGGUCAUGCACAUGACACAUGCAGGUGUGUGUGUGGGAUUGACUGUGUGUGUCGUGCAAGUGCAAGGGGGUUGCAGUUAUAGCAAUAUUGGACAAAUGUAACUAGAUAGAUUACAUUUAGAUAUUUUAGCCUUGGUGCCAGUCUCGUUCAGCUCUUUUAUUUUAUAUAUAUUUUUUAGUUGUUUUAGUAUAAAUAGAUUUUUAGAUUUUUUUUGUUUGUAAAUAUAUAUAGUCUCUUUCAGCUCUUGCCAACUCCUUAUGAAUUGUCAUGUUAUGUUUGACUUGAGUAACAAGGAGUUGGCAAGAGAGCAGAAACAGACUAGCAACCAGGCCAUAAAUACACUUAAAAUGUGUCUCUAUACUCCAGCAUUUUGGAUUUGAGAUCAAAUGUUUUAUAUUGGCGACAUUACAGAAUGUCACAUUUUAUUUGAGGUUAUUUUCAUAGAUAUCAGUUUUACCGUUUAGAAAUGAAAUAACUUUAUGUAUCUGGUCCCCCCCAUUUGAAGAUGUAAAAUGUAUUUGGACACAUUUCACUUAUAGUGUAUCAAAAGUGUAAUAUUUAGUCCCAUAUUCCUUGCACACAAUGACCACAUCAAGCUUGUUUUGGUUGUGUUUCAGAUUGUCUUUUGCCCAAAAGGAAAUGAAUAAUGAAUAAUGUAUUGUGUCCUUUUGUAGUCCCUUUUAUUAUAAGUAAGAAUAGAAAAUGCUUCUGAACUCGUCUACAUUAAUGUAGGUAGCAUCCACAGAUAAUCAUGAAUAAUCAUUACAGAUAAUCAUGAAUGAAUUGUGAAUGAUAAAACAUUUGAAAGUUACAGAGGGGAAAAUAUCAUACCCCACCCAAAAAAUGCUAAUCUCUGCUGUUAUUGGUAAUGGUGAGAGGUUAGCAUGUUUUGUUGUAGCCUCUGUAACUUUCUCACUCAUCAUUAUUCAUGAUUCAUUCACGAUUUUUCUUAACCAUGGCAUUAUCAUGUUCCGAAAAAAACUGUAUCUUAUUCCAGUCAUUAUUCACCAUUCAGGUACUAUUGGGCAAAACAUAACCCAAAACACAACCAAAACUGCAAAUGCAUCCAACGAGUGUGUAGAGUCACAAGCUUGAUGUAGUCAUUGCGCGCUAGGAAUAUGGGACCAAUUAUUCAACUUUUGACUACUUAAAUACACUAUAAAUGAAUUUUGUCCAAAUACUUAUGACAUCUUCAAAUGGGGGGACUAGAAACAUAAAGUGCUUUCAUUUCUAAACAGUGAAAACAUAUGUACAGGUGAAAGCUAUGAUCCCUUAUUGAUGUCACUUGUUAAAUCCACUUCAAUCAGUGUAGAUGAAGGGGAGGAGACAGGUUAAAGAAGGAUUUUUAAGCCUUGAGACAAUUGAGACAUGGAUUGUAUAUGUGUGCCAUUCAGAGGGUGAAUGGGCAAGACAAAAUAUUUAUGUGCCUUUGAAUGGGGUAUGGUAGUAGGUGCCAGGCGAACCGGUUUGUGUCAAGAACUGAAACGCUGCUGUGUUUUUCACGCUCAACAGUUUCCCGUGUGUAUCAAGAAUGGUCCACCACCCAAAGGACAUCCAGCCAACUUGACACAACUGUGGGAAGCAUUGGAGUCAACAUUUUGAGACUGUUCUGAUGGCAAAAAGGAGGGGGGUGCAACUCAAUAUUAGGAAGAUGUUCUUAAUGUUUUGUACACUCAGUGUAUUUGUAGGCCAUAGAUUUGUAACUUAUGGAAGUUACAUUAGUGCUAUUUAUGUGUCAUAAUAUUAUGUGAUUUAAUCAUCAAUGAUAGAUUAAUGAAUAAUGUUUAUUUGAUCAAUGUUCUGGUCAAGUCAAUAUUUUUCCGAGCCUUGUGAUUUAUACCUUAGUGACCUGCCUUUUGAGCUAAUUACUUAAAUGUGUUUGAAGUAGCUGUAAGGGUUUGUUUAAACUAUCUUACUGGAGGAAAAACAGACCUACUAGAGAAUGGCUUCCUCUUUCUAUCUGUGCCCUUUGGACAACCCCAACUCUGCCUUCCACCCUCCUUCCUUCUAAACUGCUUAGUCAUUUAUCAUUUUACAUCUAUUUCCAUAUUUGCUUUGUCCAUUUAUCAUUCUUAUCAUUCCCAUCUACCAUUCCUUUUUCUGUCCUCUUCAGUCUGUUUUCCCUUCAUCUUUCCCUCUCUCUGUGUUUGUAAUCUCUCUCUCCCUCUCUCCUGUUCUUCUCUCUCUUUCCCUCUUUUAAAUUAAAAUAAGCUUUAUUAGGAGCAAUCCAAUGUUAUUAAUACAAAACUCUUUACUAUGUGACAUUAACCUUCUCUCUCUCCUCCCAUCCCUCCAUCUUCUCCCACUCUCUCAGCGUGUCAGUGUCACCCUAUGGGUGCUGUGGGUCUCUGGUGUAACCAGACAUCGGGACAGUGUCUGUGUCGGGAUGGCGUGACGGGACUGAGGUGCAACCGCUGCGCCCCCGGUUACAAACAGGGGCACUCCCCACUCCGCCCCUGCAUCCGUAAGUCUACUGUACCUAACUACUCUGUCUGGAAACUGUCCUCCAUGUUCGAGCCAAACUUCUAA